GUUGUUAUUUGGCUGGUUUUGUUGUCAUCUGCAGCGCAAGAAGCUGUCGCGGAUGGUGUGUGUUUGUGUGUGUGUGUUUCCUUGCCAGCGAUUGUUUUUGUUGACGUAAAGUGGACCAACCGAAUCCAUCUUCCCGUCCGCGCAGUGAACGUGGCGCACGGCAAAAUUCGCACUCGGGGGCGGCGGCACACUCGGCACGGCAUCGAGAAUUCUCCGUCACACCAGACCGACGAUACAGUGGAAACCGGCGAAAGGGAUGAGGUGGAGGUCCGCAUGCACCCAGUGCAGUACACAGCUCGCAUUAAACUUCACCAUUCAUGAAUGCAUUUCUCAGUGAACUGCCACAAACCGUUCGAUACUGCACGUAAAAGACUGCGUGGAGUGUUUGUGUAUUUGGGUGUUAUUGUUGUGUAGUGUACUGUACAAAACGGCUGCAAACGGAAAGCAACCGGAACGUUCGGGCCGCGUAAGGAUGUUCUCCAGCAGCGGACGGAUACUGAAGCGGCUCGCCGUGCUAGAUUUCGAUCAUACCGUCUGCGAAUACAACACGGACAUUGUGGUGCGAGAUCUGCUCGGUCCCGGGGGCGUGCCACCGGAUGUGCAAAGCAUACUUCGAUCCUGUGGCUGGAUCCCGUACAUGCAGCGCAUCUUCCGGCUGCUGCACCAGAACGGAUUCAAACCGAUGGACAUCGCGUCCUCAAUACGCGGCAUACCGGAGGUUCCGGGCAUGAAGGCCUGCAUCGGUAACCUGGUACAGCACGGGUUCGAUGUGAUCAUAAUAAGCGAUUCCAACUCGGAGUUUAUACGGCUGUGGAACGAGUUCAAUGACAUCGGUUCGUACAUACACACUGUGUUCACUAAUCCGGCGCGGUUCGACAGCAGCGGGCUGUUGGAGCUGCGUCCGUACCACUUCCAGACGGAAUGCACGCUCAGCUCGAAGAAUCUCUGCAAAGGAAAGAUUUUGACCGAAUUUUUGCGCCGACAGCACGACGAACGGCAGGUGGAGUACGAGAAGGUGUUUUACGCGGGCGAUGGCAAGAACGAUGUCUGUCCGAUGCUGCGACUCGGUAGCAACGGGUACGCCUGUGCCAGACGCGGCUACACGUGCCACGAUGCGCUGCAGAAUGCGAUCGGGAAGCUGGAGCAUCCGUACGUGGCCAAGGUGCUGCAGUGGACGGAUGGGCACGAGCUGAAUGACCUCAUAUGGACUGAAUUGGAGGACUGAGCCUUUUCUUAACCGUACUGCUGUUUCAUUGUAUAUGUUCCGACCGCCUAUUGGUAUGCUAUUGCAUACGUAAGGCCACAGUGAUUUGUAAUCGUAGACGUUUGAGACUCGCAAAAAGUGCAAAACAACUUUUGUUACGUUUUUCUCUUAAAUAAAGAACAUUUUUUGGUACAAAAUCUGGCUGCUGUUUUGUGACGAUCGCAGAAGGGCUGCUUGCGUUAUCGGGUAGGGUGUUGAGAGGAGGAGCAUGGAUGGUGUCAAGCGGGAAGGGUUUGUUUACAUUUUGUAUGAGAAACGUCAAACGCGGCGGGCGGACAAUCUGCUGCUGUUUAUUGUUUUGCAGCAUUUUCCCCGAAAGUGCACCAUCUACUAUGUCGACGGCGGCCAAGUUAACCUUUGUUUCGGCCUGUAUUGCCAGCGGUGGUCUCAUCGCUUACGUGCACUACAGUCAAGCAGCGGACCGCGAACGAUUGCAUGAAGGAGUGCGGCGAGAUGUGGAAAGACAACGGUUGAAACAUCUUGCCGCUAGUGCCGAAAGUGAAUCGAACAUUGAUUCGGGACCGUACCCAUCCAAUGGAACCAUAAAAAGCUGAACUGCGUAUUCGGUAGCAGAGUAGCCUAACGAUGGAAUAGUAUAGUGUAGCCUGCCACAUGAUAGCAACAUCGACACAGACAGAAGUAAAAAAUAAAUCUGCUCGUUUGUUGUUUACUUUA